AUGGAGCCAGAGCCCCCGCCCGAGCUCACAGCAAUGCCCCUCGGGGAGAAUGGGAGUGUCCACCUGGUGUCCGACACAGCCCUGCUGUCCCCGGGGAGAGGCACGGCCAUGUUCAUCAUCCGCUGUGUGAUCCCUUCACUUUACCUGCUCAUCAUCACUGUCGGCUUGCUGGGCAACAUCACUCUCAUGAAGAUCUUCAUUUCCAACAGUGCCAUGAGAAGUGUGCCCAACAUCUUCAUCUCCAGCCUCGCUGCUGGUGACCUGCUCCUGCUAGUGACCUGUGUGCCUGUGGAUGCCUCCCGGUAUUUCUCUGAAGAGUGGCUCUUUGGGGAGGUGGGCUGCAAGCUCAUCCCUGUCAUCCAGCUGACCUCCGUUGGUGUCUCUGUCUUCACUCUCACCGCCCUCAGUGCUGACAGGUACAAAGCAAUUGUAAAUCCCAUGGACAUCCAGACCUCCAGUGCAGUGCUAUGGACUUGUCUUAAAGCCACUGCCAUCUGGGUAAUCUCCAUGCUCCUAGCAGUUCCUGAAGCAGUGUUCUCCGAACUGGCUCACAUCAAUGACACAGAUAAUGCCACUUUCACAGCGUGCAUACCAUACCCCAUGACAGAUGACAUGCACCCAAAGAUCCAUUCUGUGCUGCUUUUCCUUGUGUAUUUCCUUGUCCCUCUUGUAAUUAUCAGUAUCUACUACUAUCAUAUUGCAAAAAGUUUAAUUAAAAGUGCUCAUAACAUCCCUGGGGAGCACAGUGAGCAUUCCAAAAGACAGAUGGAAACUCGGAAGCGUCUGGCAAAAAUUGUUUUAGUUUUUGUUGGCUUCUUUGCUAUCUGCUGGUUUCCCAACCACGUGCUAUACAUGUAUAGAUCUUUUCAUUACAAUAAGAUUGAUCCAUCGAUGGGACAUAUGGUUGUUACCCUAGUGGCCCGAGUGCUAAGCUUCUGCAACUCUUGUGUCAACCCAUUUGCACUGUAUUUUCUCAGUGAGAGUUUUAGAAGACAUUUCAACAACCAGCUUCACUGCAGGAAGAAAGCUCAGAAAGAGAGAUCUGCCAGCUACUUGUGCAAUUCUUCUGCCAUUCAAAUGACUUCCCUGAAAAGCAAUACCAGGAACACAGUAACUACCAUGACACAACUAAAUGGGCACAACUUGAAACAAGAAAUGUCAUUAUGAUCUAAGGAGUGUGAUUUUUGACUGUGAAACAAAUCUGAACUUUUCAGCUUGUAACUCACUUUUGGCUCUUGUUCAUAGUCCUCAGAAGAGAGGAUCUGCUAA